AUACAGAGGAGUUGUUAACAUGGUGAACACUGGAAUGCAGCUUAUCAGCUUCACCUGCGCGGUGACCGGCUGGAUUAUGGCGAUCGCUGUCACAGCUUUGCCUCAAUGGAAGGUUUCAGCCUUCAUUGGCCCCAACAUCCUGACCUCAGAGAUCAAGUGGGAGGGAAUCUGGAUGAACUGUAUCUACCAGACCACAGGUCACAUGCAGUGUAAGACAUAUGACUCCAUGCUGGCUUUGCCUCCUGACAUCCAGGCAGCCCGUGCCCUCAUGUGUUUGGCCAUCUUUAUGGGCUGGCUCUCCUGCACCGUGUCCUGCUGUGGCAUGAAGUGCACCACUUGUGCCGGGGACGACCGCAGGGCCAAGGCCGGUAUCGCACUUUCUGGAGGGAUUCUGUUUAUCCUGACAGGUCUGUGUGUGCUGGUUCCUGUUUCCUGGACUGCUAACACUGUCGUCCAGGAUUUCUAUAACCCCAAUGUGCCUGUGACGCACAAACGUGAGCUGGGUCAGGCUAUUUACCUGGGCUGGGCGGCUGCAGUUAUUCUUAUGAUCAGUGGGGCUGUGUUGAGCAGCACCUGCCCGCUCAUGGAGAGGGGUGGCAGGUAUCGCAGGGGCUAUAUAGGCCGGAGCUUUGCUAAUUCACCUGCACCAGACCCCCCAAAACCUAUCACAUCCAAUAGUCUACCACUAAAGGAAUACGUAUAACAAGCAGCCAGACUACAGUAAG